AUGACCUCGAUAGCGGCCGGCCUUGCGCGGUCUCUGCCAAAGCCCCAGUACAACUCGGAAUAUGAAGAGCAAAAGACGCAACAGCGAGGCCCUAGGAUUGUCGGCCCGGGGCAGCUCGAUGAGACCCGAGUCGUCUUAAAGAGGUCUGGCCCGCCGCCGUAUCCGAACAGAGCAGGUUGGCGUCCCCGCGCCCCCGAGGACUUUGGCGAUGGCGGCGCGUUUCCCGAGAUCCACGUCGCUCAGUAUGUCUGGGGAAAGAAGGGCGCGACCUCGUCGAAUGCACUAGUCGUCCAAGUCGAUGGUGAAGGCAAGGUCGACUACAGCGCGAUCGCGCGCCAGGGCCACGACAAGAACAGGAUCAUCCACACGUCAUUCAAGGAUCUCAUCCCGCUCCGGCAGCGGGCCGAAGCAGGCGACCUUGACCUCUCCCGACCGAGUCGCGAGGAAGUGGAGGCCACGGCAGAACGGACGAGAAACGCGCUGGCGACUUUGGUGAGCGGUGCCGUCGCCGCGCAGAAGCCCAAGACUCUGAAUGUUGGCGGACGGAGAGAGCCGACCUUUGUUCGUUAUACGCCCUCGGCGCAGAUGGGGGAUAAUACCAAGAAGCAGGACCGCAUCAUGAAGAUUAUCGAGCGCCAGAAAGACCCUAUGGAACCACCGAAGUUCAAGCACAAGAAAAUUCCAAGAGGGCCUCCGACCCCCCCCCCACCGGUCAUGCAUUCCCCGCCAAGAAAACUGACAGCAGAAGACCAAGAGGCGUGGAAGAUUCCACCUCCUGUCUCGCUGUGGAAAAACUCGAAAGGCUUCACAGUGCCUCUGGACAAGAGACUGGCAGCCGACGGUCGUGGACUGCAAGACGUUCAGAUCAAUGACAAGUUCGCCCAGUUCUCAGAGGCCCUAUUUAUGGCCGACCGGCAUGCCAGAGAGGAGGUUCGACAGAGGGCUAUGAUGCAGCAGAGGUUGGCAGAGAAGGAGAAGGCGCAGAAAGAAGAGAAUCUCCGCCAACUAGCACAGGCCGCUCGCGCUGAGAGAGCAGGCGGCGGAAGGCGAUCGCGAUCACGAUCAUACAGUGGGUCCGAGUCGGGCUCAGACAGCGACGGUUCAGAGCAAGAGAGAGUAAACGCUCGCAAAGAGCGGCAGCGCGAGGACGAGCGGAAACUCCGCCAGUCACGCAUGGGUGCAGAGAGAAGAGCACAGGUCAUGGCUCGGGAAAUGAACCGUGACAUUUCGGAGAAGAUUGCCCUCGGUCUAGCCAAGCCGACCCAGUCCGCCGAAGGCAUGUACGACUCGCGUCUUUUCAACCAGUCGAGCGGAUUCGAUAGCGGCUUCAACGAGGACAACCCCUACGACAAGCCACUUUUCGCCGCCCAGGACGCCAUCAGCAGCAUCUACAGACCACGUGCGAACGCUGAGGAAGACGAUGAGGCCGACGGCGACCAAGAGCUGUCAAAGAUUCAAAAGUCAAACAGGUUCGGCGAGGCUCUCGGCCGGGGUACCUUCAAGGGCACCGAGGAGGUCGAGGCGCGCGAGGGGCCUGUCCAGUUUGAGAAGGAUGUCGCUGCGGCGGACCCUUUCAAUGUCGACAAGUUCCUGUCCGAGGUCCAGCAGAGCUCAACGUCCAAGCGCGGCUUUGGGCUUCAAGACGAGGAUGACCGACAACCGAAACGGUCCCGGGUGGAUGACGAAGAUGACGACUGA